CGCCUCCAUCACCCUCCCAUUUCCCCUCUGUUUUGAAUAUCCAUCGAUUGGUACAUAAUUCCAGUCAAGUAGAAAUACAACAGUGAUGGAGACGAUGGUUGGUGUGUAGACGAGGACAAACUUUGAGCAGGUAGAAGUUGUGGUGGAAAUUGCUAUGGCGGAGCGGGGGGAUUUUUUUUAGACUCAACUGGGGGAGAGGAUAGGGUUUCUGGGCACUUUGUGGGUUAAAGUUAAUCACUAAAUAAAUUAAUAAUAAUGAAUAAAAUACAUGCAAACAAAAAAAUAGCUAUUAAGUUAGAAGAUGAGGGUCAAAAUAGUACUUUUUCAUCUUAUUUAACGGUUAAAUAACAGAAAAUUUAACAGUAGGGACGUCUAUUAUGUGUUCAUAAUAGAAGGGUAUGUUUGAACAAAAAAAUAGUACAGGGGUACGUUUGUUAAUUUGCAAUAGUACAGGGGUAUAAAAUGCUAUUAACCCUAUUGCAAUCUAUACAUGAAAAGUCUAUAAAGCUGGAAAAGAAAAACAUGACACAAUCGGUUUACGUGGUAUCCUAUUCGAUAUGAACGAGACUAAUCCACGGAGAAGAAACCCUUCUCAGUUCUGUUUAUUGUCUGCGUGUAUAACUUGGGUUUUUGUUACAGGGGAGAAGCAAUAUAUAUAUAAAUAUAAUCCUAAUGCUCCCAUAUCCUAGGGUUAUACGUAGGAACCAUAGAGUCAAAAGACAAAACAGCCCCUACAAUAAUUAAUACGACUCCAUCAUCCCCUACCCCUACCCCCCCCCCCCCCCCCCCCCCCCCCGCGGCCACCUCGCGCAAGAGGAGUAUGCAGAUCACAAAUAUCGAGCUUGGAGAGAAGAAAAUAGAACUGAUCACCACCAAGGCCCUUGGAAAAUAUGUCAGCGAGCUGGUCACGUGAGGACACCUUGGUGGGGAGAACAGUGUGAGUCGUAACCUGGUCCCGCACAAAGUAACAUACAAGCUCAACAUGCUUCGUACGCUCAUGGAAUACGAGAUUAGCUGCAAUAUGUAGAGCAGUCUGGUUAUCACAAUGAAGGACAGAAGGGCCAGACUGAGGAACACCCAACUAACAAAGGAGAGCACGAAGCCAGAGAACUUCAUUAACGGCACUAGCCAUAGCUCGAUAUUCAGCCUCAGUAGAAGAUCGAGCAACAACGGUCUGCUUCGUAGUACGCCAAGUAAUCGAAGCAUUACCCAUCAGACGAAAUAGCCGGAGGUAAAGAGACGGGUAAGCUGACACCUAGCCCAAUAAGUGUCACAAUAUGCAAUCAAGUCCAAUAAGCCAGUGGAUGGCAAGAGAAUGCCCUGCCUCGGGGAAUUUUCAAGUAACGGAUAACCUGUCUGCGGCAGCAACAUGCGCAUGAGAAGGAGAGUGCGCAAAUCGACUGAGAAUAUUGACAGAGUAGACAAUGUCAAGACGCGUGAUAGUAAGGUUCUGUAAGCGACCAACCAAGCGGCGAUAAGCAGACUUGUCCAUCUCAUGGGAAGUAGCCGAGGCCUCGGUAGAAGCACCAUCUGGGUCACCAGGUGCUCGAGUAAGCUGGUGAUUUUGUUCAAUAGAUGUAGAGAUGGGACGCUCCCCCGUAAGACCUGCAUCCUGAAGAAGAUCAAGGGUCUACUUACGCUGACUCAAGAAAAUACCCUUGUGCGAGCGAGCAACUUCAAUUCCCAAAAAGUACUUCAAGGGGCCGAGAUUCUUGAUGCCGAACUGGUCAUCCAACAUAGUCUUGACGUGCUGAAUGAAUCCAGCAUCAUCACCAACAAGGACCACGUUGUCUACCUAGAUUAAUACGUAACAAAACUAGUGGAAGUCUUCCGAACGAACAUCGAAUAAUUAGCAGGCGACCGUGUGAAACCCAUACCAAGAAGAGUAGAUGUAAACUUGGCAUACCAAUUGCGAGACCCCUCCUUCAAGCCAUAUAAGGACUUAUGCAGACGACAUACCCGAGUAUCACCAGGAGCAGCAAAACCAGGAGGUAUAGUCAUGUAAACCUCCUACUCGAGAUCACCAUGCAGAAAGGCAUUGUUCACGUCAAGCCGGUGAACUGUCCAACUGCGAACAGUAGCUACAGCAAGUAAAGUACGAACACUAUC